UCAAAACCUUCUUCGUCUUCUGCUGGAGUGAACUCUUGUUCUUCUCAUUUCAAUUUCAUCAUCAUUCUUCUAUUUGUUUUUGAUUCGUGCUGCCACGCCGCCGUUCUGACCAACAUUUUACUCUUUCUUCUACCCUCGUGUUACACGGUUUUGAGCCCACCAUUUCCUUCAGUGCUUUGGCACAACUGUAGGAGAGAGGGCGAGAUGGAAGGAGGUGGAUGGGCAUGGCAAUGGUCGAUGAAGGAGAUGGGUUGGUCGGUGGCAGCCAUUGUUGUGAGCUUCAUGGCAAUGAUAAUAUGUGAGAAGCUGUUGUUGAAGCCUAUAAGAAUCAGAUCAAUUCUGGAGAAGCAAGGCAUCACAGGACCAACACCUUCUUUCCCUUCAGGCAACCUCUCUGAGAUUAAACACAUUCAAUCACAAUUCUCCUAUCUCUCCUCUUCCUCACAAUUAUCUGAACAAUGGUUUCACUCUCUCUACCCAUUUAUCCAACGUUGGAGUAAACAAUAUGGUGCAACAUUCAUGUACAGCACUGGACAUAAACAACAUCUACAUGCGGGAGAUCCUAAACUGCUCAAAGAGCUAAAUUGGAUGAAGACAUGGGAUCUUGGUAAGCCUACCCAACUUGGCAGGCAUUUAAAGCCAAUGUUAGGUUCUGGCAUUCUCACAGCCAAUGGACCCCACUGGUCUUUUCAAAGGAAUCUUAUUGCUCCUCAGUUUCACCUCUCCAAGAUUCAGAACAUGGUGUGUUUUAUGGAGGAAUCUACAAUGGAAAUAAUGAGGAAAUGGGAAAGGAUUAUAGGAGAAAGUGGAGGGAAAAUGGCAGAGAUUAUGAUUGACAAUGAUAUGAAGGAACUCACUGGUGAUAUCAUUUCUAAGGUUUGUUUUGGUGGGUCUUAUUCUUUGGGCAAUCAAAUAUUUGCCAAACUAAAAGCCUUGCAAAAUGCUCUUGCUAAUCCUGGCGUUCUCAUAGGAUUUUUACACCCCAGAAUUCUUCCCACCAAGAAAAACAAAGAGGCAUGGAGGUUGGAGAAAGAGAUAAAAGAGCUGAUUCUUAAAGUUGUUCAUCAUCACAAGUUGCAAAACAAAAGCCUCGUAGAUCAGAACCAAAAGGACCUCCUUCAGAUAAUUCUUGAGAAUACAGAUGAUGAGGCUGAGAAUAGCCGUGGUGCAUGGGGAACACUGAAGAAGCUCAAGCAUAAAUGGAAAACCCAAAAUCUGAUUAUGGAUAUCUGCAAAAACAUCUAUUUUGCAGGCUCUGACACCACUGCUAUUUUACUCACUUGGACACUUAUUCAGCUCUCCUUGCACCCUCAAUGGCAAGAUCGUCUUCGAGCUGAGAUUUUCGAAACCUUCCCUGACAGAUCGUUUGGCUUUAAUGACAUGGACAAUCUUCGAAAGAUGAAACAACUGUCAAUGGUGAUCCAAGAAAGUCUGCGAUUGUAUGGGCCAGGAAUAAGAGUUUCAAGGGAGGCUCUUAAAGAGGUGAAGAUCGGGGACAUAGUGGUGCCGAAAGGAACCCACGUUUGGGUGUUCAUAACUGCGAUACAUAGAGACAAAGAGAUCUGGGGAGAAGAUGCUGAUAAGUUCAAGCCAGAGAGGUUUCAGAGGGGUGUUUCAGAGGCUUGUAAUAAUCCACAUGCAUACCUUCCAUUUGGACUUGGAAAUCGAAUAUGUCUAGGCCAGAAGUUCGCCAUUAUAGAAGCCAAGAUCGCUCUUAUUCAUCUUCUGGCAAAUUUCUCCUUCGCUCUUUCCCCUAACUAUCGUCACUGUCCUUGCUUCAAUUUAGUCCUGCUUCCCAAAUAUGGAGCGCCCCUUAUGGUUACCAAGCUCUAGUAAGUAUUGUGAUGUACAUUGUUAGUUAUAAGAAUGAUAAUCACAUAUAUCCUCACCCAAUCUAGCUAGCUCUAUUGUGUAAUAUGAUGCCAUAGCUUUAAUUUCUCAGUUCUUAUUUUCUCUUCAAAUCCUCAAGCCUCUCAAUGCACUUUAAUGUAAGUGACUUCGGUAAGGCCCCGUUUGGUUGACAAAAUAAAAUUAAAGGAAACUAUUGUAAAAUAAAGCAA